AUGGGACAGUGCGAUGCGGAUCGAAAACUUCUACCGGUUAAAUACGGCAACGACACUAAACGACUUGUUUUUGAUCAUAUCAGGACUAUCGCUAACAAUAUCACGAAGCAGUAUCGUAAGACAAAAGUGCUUAUGUGGUACGAUGAACUCAAAAAUACCGAUCCAGAUUUGAUCAAGGAAUAUGAACUGAAUCGAUUGGUUACACCUGUUGUAUGGAAAUAUACAGCCGAGUUGGAUAAGGAUCUUCCCACUAGCAUGUGGGAAAAACUUGCCUCAUCAUUUCCUGCAGUAUGGGGAGGAAGUGCUUUUAAAGGUGCCGAUGGACCAAACAGAUUCUGGAAUCGAAUGAAGCCAUAUGUUCAGAAUAACAAACAGUGGUAUUUGCAGUCACUCAAACAUGCAGAUCUUUUUUCAGAUUUUCAUGGUUUCAUUCUUACUGGAUGGCAACGGUAUGAUCAUUUCGCUUCAUUUUGCGAACUUCUUCCCGUCUCAAUGGCAUCAUUGGCAAUAAACAUUAAAUUAAUCCAGAAUUUUGUCUUGUCAGAUGUGGAUGCUGAGAUCAUUCUUCGAACUUUUAAAUGCCCAUCUGAUACCGAUAUCAAUCAAUUAAUCGCCGGUGAAGACAAAUGCCGUUUUCCAGGCUACAAAGUUCGAGACUCAAUUCGAGAUCUUAUCCUCUGCAAGCAACAAUAUGACAAUGCUUCAUGGAUCCAUAACAGAGAAUCCGCCUAUCUUCAACGAUCUCACAUCUCUCUCAACGCUAGUAAUCCAUUUUUUAUUGAUGCUAUUGGGAAUUCGUACAGGAAAUACUUAGCACGUAUGGAUAAAAUCAUUGCACAACUUAGGAUCGCUAUGAACGAUAUUUUUUAUAAAGAUGUAUUUGUUGAAUUUAUGACUGAUUAUGUCAACCCAUUCUAUGAUGAUCUCAAAGAAAGGUAUUUGCAGUCACUCAAACAUGCAGAUCUUUUUUCAGAUUUUCAUGGUUUCAUUCUUACUGGAUGGCAACGGUAUGAUCAUUUCGCUUCAUUUUGCGAACUUCUUCCCGUCUCAAUGGCAUCAUUGGCAAUAAACAUUAAAUUAAUCCAGAAUUUUGUCUUGUCAGAUGUGGAUGCUGAGAUCAUUCUUCGAACUUUUAAAUGCCCAUCUGAUACCGAUAUCAAUCAAUUAAUCGCCGGUGAAGACAAAUGCCGUUUUCCAGGCUACAAAGUUCGAGACUCAAUUCGAGAUCUUAUCCUCUGCAAGCAGCAAUAUGACAAUGCUUCAUGGAUCCAUAACAGAGAAUCCGCCUAUCUUCAACGAUCUCACAUCUCUCUCAACGCUAGUAAUCCAUUUUUUAUUGAUGCUAUUGGGAAUUCGUACAGGAAAUACUUAGCACGUAUGGAUAAAAUCAUUGCACAACUUAGGAUCGCUAUGAACGAUAUUUUUUAUAAAGAUGUAUUUGUUGAAUUUAUGACUGAUUAUGUCAACCCAUUCUAUGAUGAUCUCAAAGAAAGGCUUAACAGUGUAGAAACGAUCGACCGACGAAAAACCUAUCAUGCUCGACCGUGGUUUAGAAGAUGA